AUGGCUCAGCUGCCAAUGCGGUUUCCAUGCUGGUGCCGAGCAGUAUAUUCAUGGGGUGGAGAGACUACACGAGAUCUGGGAUUUGUGGAGGGUGACUUGAUCGAAUGCUUGAAUGCGGGCGAUGGACAAUGGUGGAUGGGGCGGUUGCGCCGUGACAGGCGCGCGGUUGGACUGUUCCCGUCAAAUUUUGUCGAGCUCCUGGGUGAAGACUUUGUGCCCGUAAGCCGCGAUACUACUAGUCCAAUGGUGCUAGCGGGAUCUUCUCCGAUCAAUAAUCCCACAUCAGCUCCCAAGAAACAGAAGACCGUUUGGCGGAAACCCUUCCAGGCGCAUAAGGAGGCCGUAUCACCAGCAUCUGUCGCUCGGCGCGCAACCGCAACCAGCCCAGCCGCACCUGCGAUUCCUCAAACACCACCUCGGGCUGGCGGCAUUUCACGAAGUACCAGGCCAUUGCGCACGCAUGCGACAGCAGUCAGGAACCAAGGCUCGCUAGCUCGACCCACAUCAUCCACAUCGCGGCCCUCGUCACAUAACGUCUCCCCUCGUUCGUCCGCAGAGCCUGAACGGUCACCAUCAAUGCUGCCGAGGGGAAGCGUCUCAUCCGCUCGACCUUCAUCCCGCGACCAACCUCCAUUACAAUCGCAGGAACGUCCAUAUGCAAACACCUCAAAUGGCAGCCUCUCAUCUACCCGUCGCAACCCAUCCCCUUUGCCAAUACGCGAAUAUUCGUCUGGAAUCAUCACACAAGGCAGUACUCCCCUUUAUCGGGCUUCAUCUCGUGAGCCGUCUCCGUUGCAAAUGCAGGAUUAUGCGUCCCAGGCCAUGCCACAGGGCAUUACUUCAUCUUACCGGGGCUCAUCGCGUGAGCCAUCUCCGUUGCAAAUGCAAGAAUAUCCGCCCCCCACCAUCCCCCCUGGCGGUAUCUCAUCCUAUCAGGCACAGUCGCGUGAGCCAUCGCCAAUGUAUAUGGAGGAUCAUCCAGCUGCGAGUAUGCCAUAUGGUAGUAUGCCAUCUUAUCGGGCUGCAUCGCCAUUACAAAUUCAAGAUAAUUCGUCUGCAAUGGUCCCAUACGGGCGUUACACAUCUUACCGGGCCCCAUCGCGCGGGCCGUCCCCGCCGCCAAUGCACGAGCAUUCUACAAUGAGUUCGCAUGGUGGUAUGUACCGGGCUCCAUCGCGUAGCCAAUCACCACUGUACAUGGAGGAUCAUCCACCUGCACCAGUGCCGCAUGGAAGUAUGUCCUCCUACCGGGCUCCAUCGCCAUUACCAGCACGAGAACAUCCAUCUGCACUCGUCUCUGGCGGGGGUAUGUCAUCUUAUCGGGUUCCGUCUCGUGAGCCGUCUCCGGUGCAAAUGCACGAAGAGCGGGAAGACUCUCCCCCUCCCCCUCCGCCGCCGCCACACCGAGUCGUUGUCGGUCGUUCGGGCUCACACUCUCCUCAGCCUCCAAUACAUUCUCAAACACGAAGUCAUUCGCCGCUCCCACCUAUGCACUCAUCUCAAGAUCGCGCACACUCUCCUAACCCGCCAUCACACUAUCCAAACCCGUCACGAUCCCCCACGCCAUUAGUUAUGAAUGACCGUUACACGACACUCAAUCGAACCCCAUCUCCAUCUGCGGCCUCAAUGCACUCUGCUCUUUCUGCAACCUCGGGACAAUCCGAUAUGCAUGGAAAUACGCCAUCUCCGCUCCGAGAUGCCAUGGAAGAUGUUAUGACUUCACUGGAAGACAUGGGUCUCCCACGCCAAGACCAGUCGCCCUCUCCGUCCCCGGUGUUCAACGAGCCCUGGUCCCCAGAAGAGUUUGAUACCUCUCAGGAAAGGACCCCCCAGGGGAACAGACGCCGGGAUUUAACCUCAAUGGGCUUCGAAGGAGACAAAGAACAACUGCAGGGCGGACUCGUCCAUCGAAACAGCGUUUAUAGCCAUGACCACAUGGAUGGUCCACCUCAACUGAACAAUUAUGUUCAAAGGAUGGAGAGCCGCCUACGUCAGCUGGAAGAUCAAAAUCGAUCGUCUGAGGAUCGAACAGGCGGUCAGGAUGACAACGGACCUCCUCCCCCUCCCCCAAAACAUGCCACCUACCACCCGCGGAAUAAUUCUAUACCAGGACAAUACGCUCCCCUCAAGACCCGGCGUUCCGGCCAUGAUCUCCGCGGUGAUAUUCUCAACCGGACAUUUACCAAUAAGUCUAGUACCACCAAUUCGUCCAGUGGAAUGCAAAGCAAUGGCACAUCCAUGACAACGAGCACAGACAAAACUGGUCAAAGUGUGAUGAGUGGGUUUUCCGCAGGGGGAUUCAGUGCGACGAGUGCGGGGAGCUUUGCUAGACGAGGCGGGAGUGAGAGGCCAAAUACAGCUAUGGACACUGUCCGCUCUCGAGGAUACAGUGAUGCCCGCCCGGAAACGCCAUUCACUGGUGUUUCCUAUCAUUCCAGUCAUAACUCCUCUCGCCAAGGUGCAUCAUCGGCUAUUCCGUGGACUUCCACCGGCCUGGACUCGACGGAUCAUAGCGGAGUUUUUGGCGGUCUUUCGACGCCAAAAAGCAAAAAGCAAGGCUUUUUCAAAAAGAUAUUUGAAACAGCCAAGACUGGUGCAGCCAGCGCAAGGAGUAGCAUUUCGGUCGGGUCAAAUUCUCCAACCAAGAGUAACAGAGGGAUAGACGCCGUGUCACCGGCUCCGUCUCACUCGCACCGUAAUAGUGGUCGUGACAUGGGACUUGGAACUAACGCCAUUGACUGGGUGCAGGUGCGCCGUGAUGUUAACCGAGCGUCGUCUCCUAGCCGAAAUGAAAGGAUUGAUAGGGCAGAACGAUGCCAGAUGAUGGACCACCCUGUUAUCUACUCCGUGGAAGAGCUGUAUGAUACCGCAGAGGGCGAUGAAAGCAUUGAUGGGCAGCCGAUCACUGAGCCAACGAAUUUCCACGCUGCCAAUCUUACCCUCGUUGAUAAGAGUGCACGCUUUAUCAGCAGUCUACCUCCAAUGACGAACCCCAUGAGCCUCGCCCAAGCCUAUAUUUGUCGACCAUACAAGAGUGAUGUUCAGCGUCUCCGGGCCAUCUUUACCUGGGUCAGCGAGAAAAUAUCGUGGGAGGAACCUCUCGACGGCGUCGAGGUUGACAUGAAGAGACUUCUGCAGGCCAAACGAGGUACCCCAGAGGAAAUCUCAGUAUUGGUGCAUGAGAUGUGCACAGCCGUUGGCCUGCAUACAGAAGUCAUCCGAGGAUUCCUCAAGAGCCCCGGCGACGCCCUUGACCUGGAAAGUCUCUCCCGCCCCAACCACUGGUGGAACUCUGUUCUGGUAGACGGCGAAUGGCGCUUUAUGGAUUGCGCACUUGCAAAUCCCACAAAUCCUCUGCGCAGUAAAUUCAUUUCCAACAACUCCUCCAUAUCGGAGAGCUGGUACUUCCUCACACGCCCGCUUGAUCUCUGCUACACUCAUGUCCCACUCUAUCCGGAAGAACAGCACAUCUGCCCGCCAAUUUCACCAGAUGUUCUGCUCUCCCUGCCCACCGUGUGCCCGCCAUUCUUCAAACUUAAUAUCCAGAUGCCGGAUUAUGACACGAGUUUCCUCCGCAUCGACGGAUUGGAAGUCAUGCAACUGCGCAUGAUAGUACCUCCGGAUGUUGAAUGUGCUGCCGAAGUCGAAGCCCCGGGAUUCGCCCGCGACGUAGAUGGCGACGUGUUCGAAAGCGGAGACAUUGUGCGCAAGCGCGCCUUGGUCCAGCCGGAUUGGAUCCGCGGCCAAAAGCGCAUCACAAUCAAGGCUGUGCUGCCAGGCGACGAAGGCCAGGGUGUACUGAAAAUUUAUGCCGGCAAGAAAGGGCUAAUGCACUCCAGCCGGGACAUCCCUCAUCCCCUAGCCUUAGCCCUACCAAUGACCCACACGGGAGAGAAUCCACCUUACGACUUUGUGCUGCGCCAUCCCACACCCCACGCCCAGCGACACGACUUGUACAUCAUGCAGCCACAGUGCUCUCGCCUGGCAGUUAACAAUACGUUUGUGUUUGCUGUCCGCCAACACGCUUCUGCUCCAGCGUCCGCCAUGGACGAGAGCACUUCCAUUGGCCGCGCCUCACCGUCCAUCUUUAAUCGUCCGGCCAGUGCGUUGAGCAUGGUGUCCAGCACCACAGCCGGUGGCUCAACGGUAUCGGGCGCCUCUAACGAGUUCUCGGCGUCGACUUCGGUCAUUUCCUCGGGCAGAUCUACUUCGGGGCGGGACAAGGCUGCGAAAUUAGCGAUCCAAUCUCCGUCCGGCAAAAUUCUUCGUCUUACCCGUAAAGCUGAACACAUGAUCAGCAGUGAUAAUGGCAACCAAUCUAUCAGCGAUGCUGUCGCCGAAGGCAGUGUUUGGGAGACUGUCAUCAAGAUCGGUGAGCGUGGUAUGUGGCGCGGUCUCGUACUAGCUGACCGAGCUGCGCGCUGGUGUGUAUUUUGCGAGUGGGAAUGUGUUUGA